CUUGCCUCCUCCUACUGCUGCUACCUGAGGUUGCCUUCUUGGACUACCUGGUGAGAUCGAAGAGCUGGUUGGAUCUUUUCUUCCAUGGCCGUGCAGGCGCGGUACGGUGGCGGCAUGGUUGGGGUGGGGGCGGUGGAUGGCGGCGGUGAGGUUGUUGGAGUGGCGCAGGAGUAUGGCGCGUUGUUGGCCAAGGUGGCGAUGGCGAAGAAUGGGUAUGGCUGCGCUGCGGUGGUCAGCGGCGCGCAGAGCGGGCUGACGUGCAACAACGGCGGUGGUGGUGGGGUGGUGGUGUCGAGGAAGAGGGGGAGGGAGGUGGUGGAGCAGUACGUGCCGUCGUCGGCGGCGUUGCUGCCGAUCCCGGGGAUGGUGAAGGGGGUUCCUGUGACGUCGCCGGCUGUGGUGGUCGACACGGCGAGCCGGUUGGUGGAGUCCACCAUGGCGUGCACCAGCGGGCGCCCUGCGGUGGCGGCUCCGGCGCUGGCUCCGUUCGGCGACGCGCUCGCGUCGGAGCUGUUCGUCCAGAGCGGCGAGAUCGACGCGCUGGUGCGGGCGGAGUGCGAGAGGCUGCGCGCCGGGCUGGAGCAGGCGCGGAAGCGGCAGUGCCAGGCGGUGGCGCGCGCGGCGGCGGCGGUGGCGUCGCGCCGGCUGCAGGAGAAGGAGGCCGAGCUCGGCGCCGCCCGCCGCCGCGCGGCCGAGCUGGAGGAGCGGCUCCGGCAGGCGGCCGUCGAGAGCCAGGCGUGGUGCGGCCUCGCCCGCAGCAACGAGGCCGUCGCCGCCGGCCUGCGCGCCACGCUCGACCACCUCCUCCAGCGCGCCGCGGCGCCUGCCCCCGUCGAGGGCUCCGGCGAGUCCGACGACCCUGCGGCCGGCGCCGACGACAACGACGCGCAGUCCUGCUGCUUCGAGACGAACACGGCCGCCGCCCCGUCGGCACGUGGCGGCGCCGGCGCCGGCAGGUGGGCGUGCAAGGCGUGCGGCGAGCGGGAGGCGUCGGUGCUGCUACUGCCAUGCCGGCACCUGUGCCUGUGCCGGCCGUGCGAGCCGAGGGCGGAGGCGUGCCCGGUCUGCCUCGCCGUCAAGAAGGUCUCCGUCGUGGCCCGUUCGCCGACGGAAAUGUAAUAGCCUCUCAGUAUUCUCAUUUUUUUACUGACGGAUGGGCUAGCUGUGUUUGUCUUUUUGGAAGGUGUUCAUGCUAAAUGUCAAAAAUUUAGAAAUAAUUUCUCCAUUUCUGUGCUCUCUUUUGGAAAGAUUAAUCUCCUCCUGCCCCCUUCUCGAUCACUCUCGCUUUCUCUCUUGGCUGCUUGUCCAGUUCUGUAAAAUUAGAGUAUAGUUCUGAAUAAAUAGAUUUAGUGUGCAGACCAAAUUGCUUUAUGUAUUACUUUGUGUUUUGUUAAUUGUAAUUUUGAUUGAUAGGGAUAGGGAAUUUUUUGGUUCUACUAA